UGUCAAAAAAUAUAGAAAAAUAAAUGUUAAGCGUAAUAUGCCAAAUAAAAUUUUAAUAAUUGAUAGUUUCAAUAUAAUUUGUGCUAAGUGAUUUUAUUUCUUAUGUAUUAACGAAAACGCAUAAAAUAUUUUGCCGGUGUUAAAUAGAUAUAGGUUAUGUGUGUGUAAACUAAAACAAUAUAAUUAACAAAUAAUUCCAUAGAAAAGUGAAGUAUAAAUAUCAAUAUGAGUACAAGUGCAGCUAAUAUGAUUCUCGGGGGUGAUGAAAUUGGGGCAUUGGUUUUUGACCCUGGCCACCAUUCUAUCAGAAUAGGAUAUGCCCAGGAAGAUACACCAAAGGGUGAAUUGCCUUCAUAUAUAGGAGUUGGUCCUGGCGAAAUAGACUAUGAUGCAGAUGUUAAAAUGGAUAAUUCAGUAACAAAACCAACAAAAAACAAAUUUUACAUAGGAACAAAUUAUUUAAAUGUUCCAAGGCCCAAUACAGAAGUUCAUUCCUUUAUGAAAGAUGGGAUGAUAGAAAAUUGGGAUCUCUUUGAAAAAGUUCUGGACUAUUCUUAUGAGAAAUUAAUACAAUCAUCAUCUGAAUUACAUCCAGUAUUGUUUUCUGAAUCAGCUUGGAAUGUUCGCAACAAACGAGAACAACUAACAGAGUUGAUGUUUGAGAAAUAUAAUGUACCAGCUUAUUUUUUGGUCAAAAAUGCAGUUCUAGCUGCUUUUAGCAAUGGUAGAUCAACUGCAUUAGUUAUUGAUAGUGGUGCAUCACAUACCAGUGCCAUUCCUGUACAGGAUGGGUAUGUAAUCCAGCAAGCCGUAGUAAAAAGUCCUUUAGGUGGGGAUUAUUUAGGCCUUCAAUGCAGGCAAUAUUUAGAAAGCCAAGGAAUUGAUCUGACACCUAUAUACAAAGUUCAAUCAAAAGAACAAGUUAAAGACAAAGAGAAACCUAAAUUCACAUUGAAAAAUCUUCCAGAAAAAAUUACAAGUUCAUGGCACAAUUAUAUGCUUAAACAAUUGCUCCAGGACUUUCAAAUGACUAUUGUGCAAAUAGGGGAUUCAUCAUAUGAUGAAAGAACAGCUGCAGCGGUUCCAGCUGUUCAUUAUGAGUUUCCUACAGGUUGCCAUCAAGAUUUUGGUCCGGAACGAUUCAGAUUAGGUGAGACAUUAUUCGAUCAUGCCAUGCUUGGAGCUGGCCAAAUAGCAGCCACUAGUGUAGGAAUGUGCGAUAUUGAUGCCCGUCCUUCAUUAUAUAAUGCUGUGGUUGUCACCGGAGGAAAUUCGUUAGUUCAAGGAUUUCCAGAGAGACUCAAUAAAGAUCUUAUGCAAAGAACUCAGUCUUCUAUGAGAGUAAAAAUGAUAUCUGCAAACGGUAGUGCUGAGAGAAGGUUUGGGGCUUGGAUAGGUGGUUCAAUUUUAGCUAGUAUAGGAACAUUCCAACAAAUGUGGAUAUCGACACAAGAGUACCAAGAAGGAGGAAAGAAUCAAGUAGAGAGAAAGUGUCCAUAGAAU